AUGGCUGUCGCCGCGGCGCAACAACUGCGAAUGGCCCCCGGCCUCGCAUCUAUGGUCCUUCCCAGAGUCUCGGCUCCCAUAAUACUAUCUUCCUCGAGAUGGGCUACCUUUACACCCAGGAGGUCACACACCCGCUACUCCUCCCUCUCGCUCGGUCUUCCCGGCAUCCAGCUUAGCCUUCCCACCCUCCUCGGCGACAUCUGGGAGUCGAUCCUCCGCGCGGUUCCGAAGAAAAAGACCUCACACUCCAAGAAGAGACACCGACAGAUGGCAGGAAAGGCGCUCAAGGACGUCAAUUCCCUGUGCAGGUGUCCUGGCUGCGGCCAGACGAAGCGGAUGCACCGCCUGUGCCCGCACUGCAUGGAACGGAUACAUCAAGUCUGGAAGGAAGAUAACUCGAGCGGAAAGUUUGUUUGA